CAUUGGGAUAGGGCAUCAUUAGCAUUUGAAAGUUCGUCGAGAGCAGACACACAUCAUCAUCAUCAUCAGCAUAUCGCAAUGGAACGGAGUCAUCUUUACUUGCCCACUCUGAGCUACGCGGCCAUGGGUCACGUAUACGCACCGUAUAUCGGAAGCACUUCGCCCGCCUCAACAUCAUCGUCAUCAUCGAAGCCGGAACAGAUCGAGGAGCUGGUGUCCCAGCAGCUGCACCAUCUGAAGAUGCACUACGCCGACGAGGAGCAGCGCUACGUGGACCAGAUGCUGCUGGAGAAUCCCAUUGUGGUGGAGCGUCGAGCACCGCCGCCGUUGAAAUCGGAGAUUGUCGUGGAUCAGGGCUCGAAUUCGGGAUCCGGUUCGGGGUCGGAUGUCAAGGAGGCCAAGGAUGCACAGCGUCAGCGGGCGGAGUCGUGCCGCAAGUCCCGCUACAACAACAAGAUCAAGAAGGCCAAGCUGCGCUUCCGGCACAAGUUCGUCAGCGGCCAGCUGAAGAAGAGCGCCGUGAUGCUGGACACGAUGCGGGAUGUGAUCGCGCAGGCGGAGCGGCAGCUGCUCGACCGGGGAUUCCCCGCCGCCGCCCUCGAGCGGAUGCGCACCACCUUCGGCCUGGAAAUGGAGCACUGACCAUCAUAAUCACCAUUACACUACAUCGAACACAUACAAAUCCGAAGCACCGGAAUAGGAACGGAUCCCUGACUAGUCCAGCAUUAGCCACACCACUUUUUUUUCUUGUUGACUAUAUUUAGUUACUUUAGUUACUCUAAGCAUAUUAUUAAAUUUUUAAAUAAACACUAUGAAAUAUUUUGGAAAA